UUUUAUUGUGUUUCCAUUUAUUGUUUGAUAUAUACUUUUUCUUUUAUCACAGAAAAAGAAGUUUCAAGUUGUUCGAUGUAAUGUUACUAUCAAUAAAGGUUUCUGUAUUUGUAUUGAUUUUAAACUCUUUUUUUGGGGGGUUAUGUAAUGUUUAACUUUCCCUGGUGUUCUUUGGUUUGCUCAUCUUUGUUUCAUGGGAGAGCCGAUAGGAAUUGUUGUGUAAAUUAGAAAGAGUGGGAGCUUUCAAUUGUCAAAUCCAUUCAAGCAAACGAAACAAUAAGAAGUGAGGAGGAAGUUAACAGAGGUGAAAUUUUGUGUUUGUUUUCUAAGAGAUGGCAAAUCAGCUUAUUCGUUUGGAUCACAAGCAUAUCUCCGUCGUUCAAUUACAAAUGGGCGAAGAUCGGAUAUUGGAGACAUACAUAAACAAUUUAAGCGAAGGUGCGCCGAAUGCCAUUUAUGGACACUUGCAAGAUGUAGGAUUUUUAUACGUGGCUCGCAUGCUUGGGGGGACUAAAUUGGAUCCCACACUUAUUAGUGCUUUGGUCGAAAGAUGGAGACCGGAGACACACACAUUCCAUCUUCCCUGUGGUGAGUGUACAAUUACACUCGAGGACGUUAGUUUACAACUCGGUCUACCAGUUGAUGGGGAAGUUGUUACGGGGCCAGUGCUUAGUGUUGAUUGGAGUGCAACAUGCGAGCAAUUAUUAGGGAAGGUGCCGAACAAGUUUAAGGGUAGUCGAAUCGAGAUGAAAUGGUUGGAGGACAACUUCAAAACUAUCGAAGCUUCUGCCAGUGAUGUUGAAAAAGAACAAUUCGCGCGCGCGUUCAUCUUAAAAUUGAUCGGGGGUUUGCUCAUGCCAGAUAAAUCUCGAAAUCUGGUACAUUUAAGGUGGCUGCUACUACUAGCCAACUUAAAAGAAGCGGGACGACUUAGUUGGGGAUCAGCAGUGUUGGCGACAUUGUACCGAGAAAUGUGUCGAGCAACGCAACCAGAAAAAGCUAAAAUCGGCGGUUGCAUGCUCCUUCUUCAAUCGUGGGCAUGGUAUCGACUACCAUUUUUGCGCCCCCGAGUGGACCUCCCUUAUGAAUUCCCACUCGUAAUAUGGUGGAACAAUCCCGCAAGACAUAGUGGUAUACCGACCGAGCUCGAGGAUAUUCGACUAGCUUUAGAUCAACAAACCGAAGAGGAGUUUGUAUGGAUGCCAUAUGCAAAUCCAAGAAUUCAAGAAUGCAUCCCGGUCAAAUUUUUGGCCAAUCGUAACAUCUGGCACGUUAAAGUGCCAUUGAUCGUUUUUGCAACAGUCGAGAUGCAUGAAUCCAACCGAGUGAUGCGGCAGUUCGGGUGUAUGCAACGUAUUCCGUCGUCACCCCAAAAGCUCGAUGACCUACACAAUAUCGACUUGCGGGGGAGACUUGAGGAAGAUUGGUCUUCAUUCCACCAAAAGUAUAUCGAGAUUUGGCAGCGUAGGUACGAUUACUUACCAACGCGUGAACCAUUUCUCACACCAGAGUUGGCUACAUCUCCAGAUUACAUGGAUUGGUUCAGGCAUAAGGGCAAGCCGUAUCUAUUGUCGGCUUUAGAAAGGAGUAGGCAGCGUCGUCGUAGGAGGCAAAGACGAGGGCCCAUCAAUCCUAGGUCAGGAGAACAUGUUGCGGGGAGAUCAACAUCUGCCCCAGCUCCACACGGGGAACCGAUUGUCAUGCAACCACCCGGUGCAUAUUUCGUACAACCGCCACCCACCAUACCAUAUUACGUGCCGAUGCUGCCAGCAACACCGAUGUAUCCGGUAUCGUCGACAACUCUCACCUUUUAUCCACAGUCGGCCUAUGCGACACCAUACAAUUAUCCUUUGAUAGUGCCGCAAACACCUCCAACAACGUUUUUCUACCGAGGAGGGUCAUCCUCGCAACCGCCGACUCAUAUAAAGAGGGAUGUACGAUGCGCGACUAGGACCCAAAGGCAGUCAAGCACGAAGGAAGGAGAUGAAAUUGGCCAUCAACAUGGACGUGCACGUGAAGAUGAAGAUGAGGACGAUGAGGAGUCGCCAACCCAAACAGUGCGACAAAACCCUAGGCGUGCCCGACACCUACCUAAUUGUGACACACAUUCAGGACAUCGAUAAUUAUGUUAUUUGUAAUUUUUUUCCAAAUUAAUUUCAAUUCCAAUUUUAAAUCUAGAAAA